AUGCCGCGCAGUCGAAGUCGCAGUCGUAGUCCAAAAGAUCGGUAUGCUGGCAGUGGUCGACAUCGCGGAAGUGGUCCAUCAACUUCAGGCAGCAAUCGACGACGGAAUAGUCGUUCAAGAUCUCGAUCACCAAGGAACAGAGAUCGAACAUAUCGUGAUCGUGAUCGCGAGCGUGAGCGUGACCGUCAUCCAGUACGAUCUGAUCGUUCUGGUAAACGUUAUUCACGAUCACGUUCUCCAUCGCCGAAAGCAUUCGGUAAUAAAGUUGUUGAUAAACGUGCUGAACCAGCCAAACGAAUCUUCGAUCCUUCGGAAUUACAAGGAAAAACAGAAGAUGAAAUUGAAAUGAUGAAAACGAUGGGUUUUGCAACAUUUGAUUCUACUAAAGGUAAACACACUGAUGGUUCAACAAAUGCUUUUGCAGCUAAUAUUCAACAAAAACGUCGUUACCGACAAUACAUGAAUCGAAAAGGCGGUUUCAAUCGUCCUUUAGAUCCAAUUGCUUAA